GUGACUCUCGUGUGUCUGCGUAAGUGUGAUAUUUUUUUAUUUUUUCCUGUCACUUUUGUGUGUUUGGUGUGCGACUGUUGUGGUUUUGUUUGUCCUUUGCUCUCCCCCCAUCCCUUGACUGCACUUCUUCACUCUGCAAACCUGGUGAUGCUCAUCAAUCCACACACCUGCCUGCAAUCAAGUCUGCAACCUUCAGGAGAGCCAGCUCUACAAUCAUUCCCUGUCGGAUUGCUGUGACACAAGUCCAGCUCUGUUUCCAAUCUUUUCCAUUUUUUGCUUGUUUGCAUUUUGCUCCUGUUUUGUGAUCUCUGCCAGGAUUCCCUGCCUGCCAUCCUGUCCACACCUCCAGCCAGAGUUACGACCGUGGCAGCACCUACAACGUGUUUGUGGGCAAGAAGCAGCUGAUUGCAGGGAUGGACAAAGCUCUGGUGGGGAUGUGUGUCAACCAGAGAAGCCUGGUCAAGAUCCCACCUCACCUUGCAUAUGGAAAAAGUGGAUAUGGUAACAUCAUCCCCCCUGACUCUAUCCUCCAUUUUGAUGUCCUGCUGCUCGAUGUGUGGAACUCAGAUGAUGGCGUCCAGAUCAAAACCUACCACACACCCUCCACCUGCUCCAGAAAGGUGGAGGUGUCUGACUACGUUCGUUACCACUAUAACGGCACACUGCUGGAUGGGACGCUCUUUGAUUCCAGCCACACCCGUAUGCGUACCUACGACACUUAUGUUGGGAUCGGGUGGCUGAUUGCUGGUAUGGAUCAGGGACUUCUGGGAAUGUGUGUUGGAGAGAGACGCAUCAUCACUAUGCCACCAUCACUUGGAUAUGGAGAAAAUGGAGAUGGUAGCGACAUCCCAGGACAGGCAUCUCUGGUGUUUGAUGUCGUACUUCUGGACCUCCACAACCCCAGAGACGGGAUCACAGUGACCAAUCAGGUGGUACCUGAGUCCUGCACCAGGAAGACCGUCGCUGGAGACUUUGUACGCUACCACUACAAUGGCAGCCUCCUCGAUGGAACAUUUUUUGAUUCCAGCUACUCUCGUAAUCGUACCUAUGACACCUAUGUGGGACAAGGCUACGUGAUUGCCGGCAUGGACGAGGGUCUAAUUGGAGUGUGUGUGGGAGAGAGGCGUACCAUCACCAUCCCCCCACACCUCGGCUAUGGAGAGGAAGGAACAGGCUCUAAGAUCCCUGGUUCAGCUGUGCUGGUGUUUGACGUUCACAUCAUUGACUUCCACAAUCCAUCAGACAACACUGAGGUGACCAUUACUCACAAGCCAGAGGAGUGUGAUAAGCAAACCAAGAAGGGAGACUUUGUCAAAUAUCACUACAACGCCUCUCUGAUGGAUGGCUCGUCCAUCGACUCCACGUACAAUUAUGGAAAGACAUACAACAUUGUCCUGGGAGCCAACCAGGUAGUCCCAGGGAUGGAGGAUGGACUGAUGGACAUGUGUGUAGGAGAGAAAAGGCACCUUGUUAUUCCUCCUCACUUGGGCUAUGGGGAGAGAGGAGUCACUGACGAAGUCCCAGGGAGUGCUGUGCUCGUGUUUGACAUUGAGCUGGUGGAGAUGGAGGAAGGACUUCCUGAAGGCUACAUGUUCAUCUGGAACGAGGAUGUGUCACCCGACCUCUUCACUGAGAUGGACACAGACAAGAACGCGCAGGUUGAGCCCUCUGAGUUUACUGACUACAUCAUGCGGCAGGUGAGCGAGGGCAAAGGCCGCCUGGCUCCUGGCUUCGAUCCUUACCGCAUCAUUGACAAUAUGUUUUCCAACCAGGACCGUAAUGGAGACGGAAAGAUCACAGAGGCAGAGUUCAAACUGAAAGCAGAUGAAGCCACCGCUCAUGAUGAGCUAUGACGGGGCUGAGUGUAAAACUCAGAUCAGGGUUAUGGCUGCAGGGUCAGACAGCGGGGUUGUAAUACAUAUGUGGGUGGUAGAAUAGAAAAAGUUGGGGUUGUAUGUGUGAAGUAAGUGAGUGUGAAGCAAGAAAUGUGCUGAGAUACUUUGUUUUAUUUUCAUCUUGAGGAUUUGGAUGAUGUUCAAAAGGGGGCCUUGUCCUUUAAAGGGAUAGUUUGUAUUUUUUUAAGGGGGGUCGUACGAGGUAAUUUUCCUUAGUCAGUGUAUUGCACACAGUAGAUAUCAGUCUGCAUGCCCCCAGUUUGCAGAAGGAGUACUGCCAGGAAAGAAAAGCAAUUUACUUCUGUGGAUGGGGGGCAGCAGCAAAAUGUAUUUUAGCAACCUAAAAAAAAAAAGUUUAAGUGUAAGCUAUAUCAACAAUAUUUUCACUGCCUCUCCUUUGUGUCAGACAGCCAGUUCCAGUGAGGGAGUUGUUAACAGCUUUACUUUCACAUCGGUGCUCUCCUUGACGCUACCACACUCCACUGACAUAAACCGUAAUUUUACCUCACAGAGCACAGGAGUUGCUGGUCUACUGUGGCCACCAUCAGUUAGUUAGUUUGU